AUGUCGGGUAAUGAAAUGAGGCCUACCAAUUCAUCUAACGAAGAACACCAACAGCAACAUAUUGAUCUUGACCAAGUAUACCAGUGGAUAUUAGAUCUUGGGGAUCCUAGAAAAAGAGAAAAUGCACUCCUGGAAUUAAGUAGGAGGCGUGAUGUUGUGCCAGACCUACCACUAUGGCUUUGGUAUUCAACUGGCUCUAUGGUUGCACUUGUCAUAGAAGUGAUAUCAAUAUAUCCUGCAAUAGUUCCUCCAACUCUUACAGCACAGCAGUCUAAUCGUGUUUGUAAUGCUCUUGCACUUAUGCAGUGUGUUGCCUCUCAUAGGGAAACUCGUGCACAAUUUCUUGCAGCUCAUGUUCCGCUAUUUUUAUAUCCGUUUUUGCACACAACAGCUGAUACGAGACCAUUCGAAUUUUUGAGGCUUACAUCACUCGGAGUUAUUGGUGCUCUUGUCAAAGCUGAUGAACAGGAAGUAAUUCAAUUUUUGUUGUCGACGGAAAUUAUACCAUUGUGUCUUCAAAUUAUGAGUUCUGGUACGGAACUAUCGAAGACAGUAGCAACUUUUAUACUGCAGAAAGUGCUUUUAGACGACAACGGAUUGGCUUAUGUUUGUCAGACAUAUGAACGUUUUUCUCACGUCGCUAUGAUUUUGGGAAAAAUGGUGAUACAGCUGGCUAAAGAACAAUCUCCACGUCUUCUUAAACAUGCAGUACGUUGUUAUAAUCGCCUUUCAGAUAAUCCACGCGCUUUACAAGCAUUAAGACAGUGUCUCCCUGACCAGCUGAAGGAUGGCACUUUCAACCGAAUAAUGGAUCAGGACAAGUCUACACGACAUUGGCUCAAGCAGUUGCUGAAGAAUAUUGGUCUGUUUUUUAUUUUUGGUAAACUUAGUGUUGUUGUUAGGUCUGGCCAGUGA